UUAAAAAUAAUCUAAAACCAUAUACAUUAAUAAAUACAAUAUACUUAAAUAGAUAAUAUUUUAAGGGCAAAGUUUUUAAGUUUGAAACACUUUAAGGAUUGACAUCAUCACCUAAUAUAAGUUAGCUAACAAAUAUAUUCAUCUUUGUAAUAGGAUAUGAACGAUAAAUUUUACGAACAUCCAGUUGAUCGAGUUCGUGAAUUGGGGUAGCUAUCAUAAUUCCACAAGCGUGAUGAAUUUGGAGUAAUCCAAAAAAACUAAACAUCGAUUUACGAAAACAAUCAAUUAAAUAGUUAGAAUUAUUAAAUAGUCUAGGAUCAUGGAAUAGGCAAUGUCCCUAAAAGAAAAUCAAUCCAAGAAAAGAUAAGAAAUUUAUUUUUUUAACAGUAUAGUUUCUUAUAUAUUUUAGUAGGGUCAUUCUGGAUAGCAAUGAUGGUUUUAUUUUGUCUAGAAGUCAAUUAACCACAUUAUCAAGAUGGAAAGAUUAUUGCUCAUAAAAGAAUAAACCAGCUCUAAGCUAACUCAUUUUUAUACACAAACAGUGAAAAUGACCAUAAAAAAAAUAUAACGAUUAACAUGAAGGAGUCUUAGCUUAAGAUAUUGGAUGAGAAGUUCUCUCAUGAUUACUCAGAUCCUUUUAGAAUAGAAUAUGAAUGUUUUAGCAAUGAAUAAAUAGAUUUAGAAUAAAAUAAUAUUUUUUCUAAUUGCUUAAUCACUCUCUAUGUAAAUUAAAAUUACUUAACUAGGAAUUAAACAUUUAGUUAAAUCCAAGUCAACUGUAUUGGACAUGAUAAGUGUGUUUUUUACUUAUAAUCAAAUUAUUUAACAUCUGAGAGACUGAUUCUUAAUGGCUAUAAUCUAUAAGUUCGCGCAAAUCAAAUAAUAACUGGAGAACUUGCAUACAAUUCGCAUUUAGGCUCUUUUUAUGUUUAAGACCUUUAAUCAUACAAUUCAUCACAUAUUAAUACUUUCAGAGGAGAUGUUGUAAUAGAAACAAGGCAAAAUAUUCUAUUAAACACAUACACUAUAGAUAAAUUUAUAUGUGCCACUGCCCCUCUAAUGGUCUCAGCAGAUGAUUUAUAAAAUUAUUAUUAGAUAUUAAGUCUAGACAAAUAAUUUGUUGAGCUGAAUGAAACUGAUUGCAUUGGCUCACUAUUUUAGCACUCUAAAUAAACAGUUUCAAACGACUUAAAAAAAUAGAUUCAACAUCAGCACUCAAAUAAUUAGAAAUCCUCAAAAUAGUUUUCUUAACAAUAAUUUGAUGGUGAAUAUCCAGAUCAAAACGAAUUAAAGCGCUGCACUGCAUUAAGAAAUGUUUUAUUAUUGAAUAGCAUCUCCUAAUAAUCUAUUUAAGAACUACAAUAAGCAUAGAAUAUUACUAUAAGCAGCUCAGAAGGAAACAUAUUUAUCAAUGUUAUUGAUUCAUAUAAUAUUUAUGCUCCUCCUAUUAUGAAUUCUUUGUAUCUAAACAAUACCAUGAACCUCUCAGAGAGCUCAUUAAGUUUUUUAGACUCUUAAUUAAAAGAUAAAAAACCUAAGGAUGUAUCUCAUUUAAUCAUUAACUUAUAUUUUGAUGGAAGAACAGGAUUAUUCAAUGAAACAAAUAAAAUCAGUACAUCUUACAAUUUCGAAUAUCUAUUUAUUCCUCCAUGGUGGGUAUCAACAUUAACUUUCAACACUUUGAAUUAUGAAGUCUUAAAUUAUGAUUUGCUAUUUACUCCUGCUAAAUGCCCUUAUUACUUAUCAAAAGAAAUUCAAGAAUACACAUAUAAAAACUUUACAACAGGGUAAUAUCCCUAUUUAAAAGAAAAUUAUACUUAUAAUAAUUACUCUUACGGCUACAGUCUGUUUCAUAAUAGCUCAUAUGAAUAAACAUAAUUCUAUGAAUCUGUGUAUAAAUUAGUUUACAACCAGCUCUAUUCUUAUGGAAUAGAUGAUAUUUCUAUUCGCUAUGAAGGAAAAACAUAUUAAAAUGAAGAUAUAAUUUAUACAGUAAUGAUAGCAUUUGGAGUGACCAUUUUAAUUUUAAGUGCCAUAGGAUCUGUUGCUAUGCACAUAUAUUUUUACAGAUUAAUAGAAAAACAUAGAAAUUAAUUGAAAAUGAAUGCAUUUGAGAUGUGGAUUUACAUGACAAUGAAUUUAUUUGGCAAAUACAAAGCCUAAGAUGCUCCUUUACAGAAUUUAAAUUAGUAAGAUAACAAUAAUUUGAUGGUUUAGUAGCAAUCACUAUAGUAUUCUUAACAUAACUAACUAAACAGUUAGUAUUAGUAUACUUAAAAUUUAUAUUAAUCAGAAGUCAAUACUCUUUUGAUUAGUUAUUAGUAUUACUUUGAUUAAACCUUUAUCUUAAUUACAAGAGUGAUGAAUAAUUCUAUAUUAAUGAAUUAUAAUGAAAUUAAAAAAGAAGAUUAGCAAAAUGACAUUGGUCCUUUAUUGAUAAAUUUAAUUUCUCAGCCAAUAAAUGUCUUGUUUAAUAAUGAUAUUUCUAGAUAUAUUCCACUUACUGUUAAUUAUUGCAUUUUGUGUGUUGACUAAUAAGUAAUACAAGAUUUAAUAAAAUAAAUCGCUAUAGUUAAUGAGUACUUAAUUAGUAACUAAUAAACACCUAGCGAUGAUAAAAUCAUAGAAUUUAUCUACAAGAUUUAGUAAUUAAUAAAUGAAUUUUAGCCUACAUUUAAUCAUAAAGUAUUUCAAAUUUUUGCAGAGUAGAAGAUUAAUAUUGAGAAUAAUCAUGGAUAGUUGAAACUUGCGCUUCUUAAUCAAAGCAUGGGCUUCUUAAAAUGCUACUUAUAAGGAUACAAAGGAAAACUUGCAGGAAGAAUAGUAAACUCAGAAGACUAAGAGCAGUUAACUCUAGAGGCAAAUAGCUUAGAUGCAAUGCUAGACUAGUUUAGUUAGUUCUAUAUUAAAUGCAAGCAAAUUUGCCCUCAAAUUUUUGAUUAAAUUGAAAUUAAUGACUAAUAAAAAGUGUCUGUUUAUUUAGAAACAAUUCAUGAAAAUAUGAAAACUCUUAACGUUUAUACUAGGGUAACAAAAGAGCUCCAAAAACUGAAAUCUGAAUUUGUAAUUUCAGGUUUUCUUGUAAACUUUAAAAUGAUAAAUAUACUAUUUGAUAGUAUUGUAUAUAGUUAGUACUCCUCAAAUUUUGUAAAUUUAUUAUAUGAGCUGUGGUAAUAUAUGUCGAUUAUUAACAUAAGCAACCAGUAUGACACUACUUUAAUUCAAAACAUAGUCUAUUUAAAAUCGUCUAAAUAUCAGUAACAAUAAGCGAAAGCAUUUUCUUUAAGAUAAACUCAGAAAUAUGGAUCAAAUUAAUUUUAUCAAUCAAAUUUGUUCUAAUCCUCAAGUAAUUUUGGUUAAGCUAAUUAAAUAAAUGCUCAAAUUUAUGAUUAGGAUCCAAGAAAUAUAAAUCCAAAAGUUUUAAGCAUCAUCCAAAAGUACGAGUACUAUCCUACAUUUGCUAAUUGGGUCAAUUUUAUUUAACGUUAAGUAUAAACAAAGAAAAGCACAAUAGAAUGCUUUUGUGAGCUCCUUUUUGCAAAGAUUCCCAAAUUAGAUUCUAAGAAAAGAAUAAACCCUGCUGAAUACUGUGAUGACUUGACAUUUUAAAAAUUCAAAGAGUAUUAUGCAAUUUACUGCUACGCUCUCUACUGCAAAGAAGAAGUUGUCACUCCUAAUCAGGAAUUGAAUUCAAUUUUAUAAAAGUAUAUGUAUGCUUUGGAUGGAGAUUACUUAAGAGCAUAUUCUGCCACUGGAAGAUAUAAAAUUUAUAUUGGAUUAAUGGAAAAUCUAUUCUAUGUUAUUAAUAUGGCCCCUAAAGUUAGUUAUGAAGCAAUCCUAGAUAAUAAUUUUUCAGAAAAUUUGAUUAAGUAUAAGCACUAUCUGAUUAAACAUAGCUACAAACUCAACAAAGUCAAUGCUUUCACAAUCAUCGAAUAAAUAAUUUAGUAUUUGUACAUACUCUUCCUACUGAAUUUACCUAUACUUCUUUGUGCUCCCAUCAUAUUUGCUCAGUAUGCCUAUUCAAAUGCUUAUUUCUAAUACUAAUACUCCUAGAACAUUUAUUAUUAGUAAAACUUCCAUAGCUUUUUCACAAUAUUUUGUUCUUCAGGUUUGCCUUAUACAGUUUUUGCUAUCACAUUCACAUUCAUAUUUAUAUGUGCUACAGAUGCUCUUGUUUACUUUAUCAAACCUCGACUUGAUAAAAACAACUAUUAUUUAAGUUAUUUCAAGCUAACUUUUUAAGAAUUUUUACCUGAUUUCAGCUUAAUUCAAAGUAAUAAAGAUAAUAUAUAGUAGAAUUCUCUUUUUGUAGCAGAGGAUAAGAGAUUCUCAAGCUCAGGUCUAAAUAUGAGUCAAUAAAAUCUAAUAAAUGGCUUAUAUAAAAACUAGAAUUAAAACUAUGCAGGAGUAGACGAAGUUGAUAAACAUAAAAUAUCACAAGCUCCUUAUUCUAACAGAACUUUUGGAUUUUACUUCAGAUUAUCAUAUUAAGUGGCAUUUAAAGUUUUACUGUGGUCACUCAUAGCAUUUAACACCUUCUUUUUCUUCUUAACUCUUUUUAUCUUGACUAUUUCGUCAUUUGUUUAUUUAGAGUAAGGACUACUAUUUGCAAUAUUUUUGAUCACUCUGAUAGGAGUUCUCUUCUUAAGAUAGAGAAAUCUCUUAUUCACUCAUAAAAAAACCAAAGAGCAAUUAGCUCAUAGCUGGGAGCGCUUGCUGGUGUGCAAUAUUACUCAAUAAUACGCAUUUAAUAUCUCACUAAGUCCUUAAUUAAUAGAAAAUUUCUUGCGCGAUAAAAAUUUAGAUGAGAAAUAUUACAGACGUGAUAAAUUGAUAGCAUAUGUAAAAUCUCUAGCGUAUUAUGACAAUUCUUAAGGUGUAAUAUAUCGCUAUAUGCACCCUGAAAAAAUAGUUGUAAGCCAAAAUCAGUUUAUUUAAAUAAUCUAAUAUAUGGUAAAGCGUGGCACUAAGCGCUGCCUAAAACUACUCAAUAUUUCAACAACAGACAUAAUAUCUGAGUUAGCAUGGCAGACAAUUAUACAAUUUUCUGUAUUUUUAAUUUGUAGUAUGAUUGUAGAUUACUUCAAUCUUUGUAAGAAUGGAGUUUAAUUAUUAUUUAACGCUAUAGUAACUAUAGUGAUAGCUAUUGCUAUUUUCAGUUUUUUGGAUAAAAAACAUUCUUACAUUAAUGCUUAAUCUUUAGAUAAUGCAGUAAAUUAUGUAUCUAGAAUAGAAUGCAGAGCAGGCAUAACCAUUUUCACAUAAAAUAUUGACAUUUAAUAGAUCUGAUUAGAUCGAACAAAUGACAAAAAGUUGAGAUCCUAAAAUAGAGUUUGUAUGAAAGUAUAUACAGUAAAUUGAACAAUUAAUAAUUUUGAAUAAUUUACAUAAAAUUAAUACUAGUUAAACUGAAAUUAAAAUAUAUGUCAUUUUUUAUACAAUUCAAAAAUUAGUGACGUAAAUAAUCUAAGAUCCAUUCUUUAUCAAUCAAAUAUUGAAUGAUAUCCAUCAGUAAUUUACAUCUUUUAUGUAAUGUAUAACAUAAUUAAAUGUUUAAAUGAUUUUAUCAGUAACACUCAAAUGUAAGUUUCUUCCUAAUUUUCGCAUUUC